ACAAAAUAAAAACACAUUGAAAGUCAAUAUAAUAUAAUAUAUACGACAACAACAAACAUCAUAUCAAUUAUAUCAAUGAAACCAUAAUUAAACCAUCGAUGAAGUGAUAAGCAAAUCAAAUGAUGAUAACAACAACAACAACAACGACAAUAUCGCCGUACAAUUGGUGAUAACUGCCGCACACAAACACACACCCACUCACUCACCCGACCGAUAAAACAGUGGUGAGUGUGUGUGUGUCUGUCUGUCUGUCCAAACACAAUAUCGGUGUGCAAUAUAAACCAUUAGCCGAUCUCAUAGUAGUAGUGGUGGACGUGUUUUAGUGAUCAUAAUUACCGUACAGUCUGUGUCUUAACGAUAACAGUUGCGAUAAUCAUCGUUACAAUCGGACAGUGAAGAUAACAGUUUAGACAAUAAGAUUUAGUCUGUGGUUUGUCCACAACAAUGGAGUCAUUAGGUUCGGCCCGUUUUCUUCGUCAUCACAGCGGUUCCGUACGCGGUGUGGCCUUCAGUCCGACCGAUCGCUAUCUGUUCUGUUCGGGCGCUUACGACGGCAAUGUUUGUCUGUAUCACGCAUUAAGGUGUGAACUGAUCCGCAGUUUUCACGUAACGACAAUGGGUUUGGCCCGCAAUGUCAAUGCCGUCCGAUUUACAAAUGAUGGACGCAGGAUAUUGGCGGCCACAACUGCACGCCGACUGUCAGUGCUGGACGUAGAGACUGGCCAACAGUUGAUGUGCUACGACAACUGUGCCUUCAACGGUCGCGAACGGGCCGCGUUGGCCACUGACCCGGCGUGUCCUCAUCUGGCCGUGUGUUCGUGCGUUAACGGCAAAGGACUUACCUUCUUUGACCUACGAAUGCCACUGCCUUUAGAUUUUAUAUUUGAUUUACAUCCAGACGUGAUCCGCGACAUAACAUUCCUGCACAAUAGCUGGCCAUUUGUCAAGUCGACCCAUCAACAGGCCGUCCUAUCGGUCUCAGCCCAGGGCAUUGUCAAAGCCACAGCAGUGGACGGUCGAUUCCUGCACUGUUUCGAAGUGGGUCACGCCUCCAAUACUGUCGCCCUGACUCCCGAGGAGUACGGUUCGGCACUGGACGAUGGUUUUUCGUCCGUCAUGAUGGUCGGCGGUGCUUCCAUAUCCAGUUACGUACCCGAGUCGGGCAUUCAAGAGCGCCAAUGUUUACCCGAUUUUGGCAAACAACAGAUCUGGAAGUUACGGUACUCGAGCAAUGGUAGUCUAUUGUACGCGGCCGGCGAUGGCGGUGUCAUACGCAGGUAUCGACGCUAUCCAAACUAUCACAAAUGUCUCGGCGAACUGUUUCGGCACAAAGGCGACGUCCAAGACAUGGAUAUAUCACCCUAUGAUGAGUUUUUGGUCACCGCUUCCAAAGAUAAAACAGUUGGUCUCAUAUGUUUAGGUGCUCCCAAUCACGGUUGGACACAAUACUGUGAGUUGUCGUGACACUACAUUAUAUCAUAGUCAUUAUCAUCUACUUUAUCAUUACCAUCACACAGUCUUAAUGUCGAUAAAAAUAGUGUAAAUUAAUUAUAUUAUUAUUAUUAUGAAUGAUA